UUUCUCUGUGUAUGAAUCCUUUCUGGGUGGAGUUCCCGCAAGGGGCUCAUUUUCCCCUCCCCAAAGGGGGACAUGUGGUGGGCCAGUUCUGGAAGGGAGUGAGCCCUGCGUGUUAUCCCUGUCACUCCCUCCUGGGUUCACUCAAAGAAGAGAGCCUUGCUCAGGGAAAAGCCCUUCUAGGCGCGGAACCUUUCUACUGCUUAUCCUUGUUCCCGCCCGGAACGACGUGGUCCCUUCCGGGUUCGGUCGCUAUGGCGCUGGCGCUGCUGGGUUCGUUCCUGGCGGCGCUGCUUGCGCUGGUGUGGCUGGGCUCGCGCUGGCUGCGACGACGCGGGGCGGGUUGGGGACACCGAACCCUGUGUGCGGCGGCACUAGCGCGGGCCGAUGACGUACGUGCCCUGGUCGUGACGGCGCACCCUGAUGACGAAGCAAUGUUCUUUGCUCCCACAAUCCUCAGCCUGGGCAGGUUUCGGGCUCAACUCUGGCUGCUGUGCUGCUCUUCAGGAAAUUACUACAAUCAAGGAGAGAUUCGUAAGAAUGAACUUGUACAGAGUUGUGCUAUUUUGGGGAUCCCUCCUUCCAAUGUAACAGUUAUUGACCACAGUUAUGUUGUGAAACAACAAAGCAUGUUUUGCCAACAGUCCCCAACUAUGAACACAAGGAGUGACAGCUGCAGAAUGAAAAGUGCUUCCCUUCCACACUUGGAAGAUUGCUACAUUUACAGUAUAUGCUGCAAUGUUUUGCAAACAUCUCUGCUAGAGACUCAUGUUAGCAUCUCCCUGAAGUUACAGCACACCUACCUUGGUGUUGGGAUGAUUCAGCAGAGAAAGUAAAAUGGUCACAGUCAGCAAGGCCUUUUCUUAAGGGAAUAACAUUUAUAACAAGCAAUCACAAUACAUUAUCAUGAGCAGAAAGAGUAAACAGAAAAUUCCCUAGCCUGGGAUUCAACCCAGCCCUAUAAGCCCCUUGGCUGGAAAACUUACCCAGUGAGGAAAAAAAAGACAUAGAUACCUAUCUUUCUCUUCAGAAGCCACUCUUAUUGUCCUACCCCAGUGCUUGUGCAAAAAGUUUGAGUUAAUUCCUUGUUCACCAGGAACCAUGUAGUUCCCUUGCAUCUUCUCAGCUGUGUUUCAAUAAGGUCCCAAUUACAUUAUGAAAUGAGUAAUUGCAUGGUCCAAGGUUAUAGCACAGGUUGGGGACACAGUCCAGUUGCAUCUACACUGCAUGACUGAACUGCAUGUUCACUGUGUUGAACAGCUACCAUGGUGCAAACAGGGCUGACUUUAUGCACUGUGCAAUUAUUCACACCCCCUGUUCAGUCCAGUGAGGUGCUGAACUGUCUCAAUUCCUAUGGUGCUCAAGGGCUGGAAUUCUUAGAGGAUUUGGCCCAUCCUUCUAGUUAAUGUAUUUGUUCAUUUCUUUGUUGGGAAAAUUGUAGAGAUUACCUCUGUGCUGCCACAUAGACUCUGGGAGUCUAGAAGUAUAUAGCUCUGCCCAGAGGCCUUUAUUAUUAAUGCUAUAUUCUUCAUGACAUUGAAACAAAUCUCUUGUUAUAGUGCCUAUUUAUCUUUGUCUAACUUUGGUAGAUACAAGAGAGUCAUUAGAGAUUUUACAGUUUAUAGAAUAACUUUCGGAGAAGAGCCUUGGGAGUGAAGCUCUUACUAGGCCAGUUAACGGCUAAAGAUGAUCUGUUUUCAAGUACAAGGCAUGAUUUCAAAGACAGUAGAGCUGCUUUAAACCCCACGACCCACUGUGUGGCCAAGUGCCAGCAACGUCAUCCUGACUUUCUUCAGUUUAUUUUCAAAAUUCCCAUUAAAAACACAAAGCAUCUCCUGAACUGGCCAUAGUGCCCCUGAGAGGCGGGUGGACGCACAAUGCAUUAUUCUCAAGUAAACCCUUCUCCAGCUGAGUAAAGGAGCAGAGAUGAUGAGCUCCAGAAGGUGGGUCUCCUCUGAGGGGGAGUAAAGGGUGGGGAAUGGAGGAAAUACCUUAGAGCUUCCCAUUAUCCUAAAAAAAGUUGCAAAGCAUUUAACCAGAGACCUUUCCAGCUCUUUUAUUUAAAGAGACAAUGUCGAGUUAAAAAUCAUAUUUUUUAAAUGGUUGACUGUGUAUAUUUCACUCAUCUGGGAUAAUAAAAUUAGACUAGGCAUGUACAUUUUCAGGGUCUCAUGCACCAAUACAAAUUCAGUGUUCAGUGUUUGGACUGGAGCCACUGCAGAGACACUUUUCUUUGGGAUUUUAAUAGCAAUUGUCUAUUGAUCUUGAGUUUUAUAAAACUUUAUUUUUACAAAACCUACCUCUUGGCCUACAUUGGCCCUGCUUCUUUUAAGUAGCCCUCUUUGAUCUUGAGAAUCUUGCACAAAGCUUGUCUCAGACCUACAUUUCUUUCCUUAGGGGCACUUCCUGGUCCAGUUGAAGUCAGUGGGAGUUUUGCCAUUGACUUCAAUGGGACGAAGAUUUGGGAGUCUAGCAAUCAACUAGAGGAGACAAAGUCUUGCUUUAGAAAUGUUAAUGUAGAUAGAGUUGGAAAAGUGACUGUACAAUGGACAUUGCAUAAAAUGUAUUUUCUCAUAAUGACCUUCCUGUUCAAAUUGUCUCUGUUUACAUACAAAUCAAACACUGGUUUGUCUAACUGCCAGCACUGCAGACUCAGUCUGGGAUCUGAAAAUCCAGCUGUGUCCUUCUGCACCCGACAUCCUUACCAGAAAUAAAGGUUCUGCGGUUGGGAUUUGCUAACAUUGUUGAUGAUGUGUGAGGCAGAAUUGAAUACAGCCCGUUCUUCCUCUGAAAGACAAUAGGAAUAAAACAUUUUUGUGUCAAUAAAAUGAGAAGAUACAACUCAAAGCCCCACAGGGAGCAGAUGGGUUGAGUAAGAAGAUGUCAUUUUUCUGUAGUCACUUUUCAGAUUCUAGCCAAUGUUAAUAAUGAGGCUUUGGAGAACUUAGGCUCUUGUUUCUUCAGGAGCCUUUAUGGGGUUUACCUAUGUAAAAUGCUGCAACCCUGGAAUAGACUGAACUAUGUCUGUCAUUGAAACAGGUGCAUAGUCUCUAGAUUUCCCAUUCAUCACUUUCAAGUUAACAGAAAGAAUCAGUGCUAGUUGCUGGGUUUUAACUGGUCUCUUCUGAGCCAGUACUCUCUUAACAUCUUUCCUCAUGUCAACUCAAAAAGUGAGGACUGAGGGGUAUCAUAAGAACACAAGAAAGGCCUUACUAGGUCAGGCCAGUGGUCCAUCUAGCCCAGUAUCCUGUCCUCUGACAGUGGCUAGUGCCAGAUGCAUCAGAGGGAAUGAACAGAACAAUUCUCGGCUGAUCCAUCCCCCGUUGUCCAGGCCCAGCUUCUGGCAGUCAGAGGUUUAAGGACAUCAGGAUUAUGCUUUCCAGUGUGCAUUACUUUGCACGUAUCAACUUUGACUUUCAUCUGCCAUUUUCUUGCCCAGUCACCCAGUUUUAUGAGAUACCUUUGUAACUCUUUGCAGUUAGCUUUGGAUAUAACUAUCUGGAGUAAUUUUGUAGCAUCUGCAAAUGUUGCCACCUCACUGUUCACCUGCUUUUCCAGAUGUUUUAUGAAUAUAUUGAACAGCACGGGUCCCAUUACAGAUCCUUGGGGGCUCUGUUAUUUACCACUCUCCAUUGUGAAAACUGACCUUUUAUUCCUACCCUUUGUGUUUCUAUCUUUUAACCAGUUACUGAUCUCUCUUAUCC